AGCUCUUCUCUACUCUUCUUUUCUCUCUCUAAAGCUCUUUCCUUUGUUUUUAUUGAUGUAGUUCUCCACUUCUUCAUAUAAGUCUUCACCAGAAAAAAAAAAAAGAGUCCCAUCUUUAAUUCUUUCAUUUGCUCAGAAACAAAAAAAAAAGUUAAGGAGAAAAUAGAUCAUCAAAGAAGAAAGAUCAAAGAUGGUUUUUUCUUCAUUCCCCACUUAUCCUGAUUCAUCAAACUGGCAACAACAACAUCAACCAAUCACAAGCACCGUUGGAUUCACGGGAAACAACAACAACAUUAGCCAGCAAUUCCUCCCUCACCAUCCCCUCCCACCGCAACCACAACAAACUUCUCCACCACUUCACCACAACGCUAACGGUGCAGGCGGUGGUGGUUCGGGUGGACCUAGCGGAUUAAUCCGGCCAGGUUCGAUGGCCGAAAGGGCAAGGCUAGCUAACAUACCACUGCCAGAAACAGCCUUAAAAUGUCCAAGAUGUGACUCAAGCAACACCAAAUUCUGUUACUUCAACAACUAUAGUCUCACUCAACCUCGCCACUUCUGCAAAUCCUGCCGUCGUUACUGGACAUGUGGGGGAGCUCUAAGGAGCGUUCCUGUUGGUGGUGGUUGUCGUAGAAACAAAAGAACCAAAAAUAGCGGCGGUGGCGGCGGUAGCAGUAGUAGCGGUAACAGUAAGUCACAAGACAGCACCACAAGCAACGACCAAUACCAUCACCGCGCCAUGGCUAGUAAUCAGAUGGGACCACCGUCCUCAUCGACUUCUCUGAGCUCGUUGCUAUCUUCUUACAACGCCGGAUUAAUCCCCGGACAUAAUCAAAGCAACAACGUACAUGGACUUGGAUCGUCUUUGACACCUCUCAAGCUCAUGACUCCCUUAGACUUCACUGACAACUUCACCUUACCGUACGGUGCCGUAUCAGCUCCUUCUUAUCAUAUGGUCGGUGGAAGCGGAGGAGGAGGAGGGGCGUCGGCUCUUUUGUCCAGUUUUGACCAGUGGAGAUUCCCGGCAACACAUCAGCAACUUCCUUUGCUAGGUGGUUUAGACAAUUCUUCAUCUUCCGGGUUGUACCCGUUUGAUCAUCAAAAUCAAACGGGCAUGCACCAGCAAAAUCCAAAAAAUACCUUCUACGACCUUUCUUCUGCUUCAUCAGCUAUGGUUACAGCCACAGCGUCGCAAUUAGCUUCAGUGAAAAUGGAAGAUAGUAACAAUCAACUCAACAUGUCUAAACAACUUUUUGGAAACGAACAACAUCUUUGGAAUUUUCAUGGGGCUGCAAGAUCAACCGCAGCCACAACUUGUUCGUGGAGUGAUGCCUCUAAUAAUUUCAGUUCCUCUUCUACUAGCAAUAUAUAAUCAGCCAUCGCUCUGUCGAAUCUAUUACACUUUGUUAAUUUCUUAAUGGGUGUUGUAUGAUUUUAUGUACUUAGUUGGGAGUUAGUACAUCGAUCGAUCUUGUAGGUUUUUUCUUUUCUUUUUCUAUGUUACUCUACAACUACUAGUU